CCCCCCCUUCACACUUGCUCACCUUGGUGCUGACCAUGACCUCGACCAGUGUGCCACCCGAUGCGCCACCCUCUUACGAUGCUGCGGCUACUGCACCAGCACGCGCUGGAGGUGCCAAUCCUAACAGUGCAUCGUCCACGCCCAGUCGACGACCUUCGCUGAUUCCUGCUCAAGAUCGACGAUCCAUGGAGGAUCUGGGCAGACCGCUGCCCCAAGGCUGGGUACGACAAUACGAUCCGCGCAACCGGCAUCACUUUUACGUCGACACAACUGUUAAUCCGCCUCGCUCCAUCUGGGAGCACCCUCUGGAUGAUGAGCAGUAUAAGAAUGCGCAUCGCGGCAAAGGGUCCAAGGAGCCCGAGGUGCUGGCGAGCAAGAGACUCAGCGGAUACCACACGGUGGAUGAGACCACGGAUGAGGAAGGUUCACGCGCCGAUCCGAAUGCAGGGCCGAGUGCAAGCGCUUCGGGAACGCGUCAGCACGAGACGAUGGGUAGCCACUCGGCGAAUCAGGAUGCGCAGAGCGGUAGCAAGCCGGCUGCAACAGGCGUGAAAAAGUUUGGACAAACAAUGAAGAACAAGAUGACGGGGACGACGCAUGCGGAGCGCGUGGAGAAGCGUCGCAAGCAGAGGGAAGCGGAAGAGGAAGCGUACAGGCAGCAUCAAGCCAUUCGAGCUGCGCUUCAUCGAGCUGCGCAGACUGGUCAGCCGCAGCUGCUGGGUCGGGAUCAGAGGGGCAGAGACAUUUUUGCUCAGCCUCCACCCAGCAUGGACCCGUACGCUGCACCAUCCUUGGGUUACACGCCUUACCAGACAGAGACCGCAUAUCCAUACGGACCCGGAACUUACGCCGCACCGUACGGCCCCUAUCGACGCAGACCUGGAUACGGAUAUGGAGGAGGCAUGGGUCUGCCCAUCGCUGGUGGUCUCAUGGGCGGUCUGCUUCUCGGUGGCCUCCUAUUUUGAGCACGCCACGCACAGAGAUCACACGCCACAUGUCGUGUGGGGAGCCCACGACUGACGAGCUGUCAACGCGCGUUCGGUGCCGAGCUCGUGAUCGUCGAAUGAUGAGUGUGCAACAGAUUGCAAUUGAUGCUUUGAUACCG